GAGCUGCGCUCAGUAACUACAUCUAUCUUUGUGAAAUACCAGAAGAUGUACCGCUAGAAGACAGUGAGCCAAGACAAGUCGUGGUUAGGUUUUACGGAGAAGUCAUCAAGGCGGACACUGAGGGCGUCAUUCGGAACUCCGUCAUAUUCUCAAUACUAUCAGGACUGAAGCUUGGCCCUCAGCUUUAUGGUCUCUUUGACGGAGGGCGGAUUGAAGAAUAUCUACCAUCUAGAUGUUUAGCAAAAGACGAGAUGCGGCUUCCCUCUACACUGACAAGAGUGGCGAAGUUGUUAGGAAAAUAUCACACCCUUACAAUGCCGAUUUGCAAGCAACCGACGUGGCUAUAUGAUACUAUGGAAAAGUGGUUGCCCGUGGUACUGCAGAGGGCUGAGGCAGGCUCUGACGACACUGCCCACAACAGGUACUUGGCAGCAAUCAGAGACAUGGAUUUGAGGACGGAGUAUGAGGAAGUAAAGAAAAUAGCCAGCAGCGAACCCUCCCCGGUAGUGUUUUGCCACAAUGAUCUGAAUCGGGGCAAUAUCCUACUACUGAGUGGAGAUGACGAGAUGAAGUUUAUAGACUUUGACUACUGCAGCUAUAACCACAGAGGGUUCGAUAUAGCGACUUAUUUCAAUGAGUGGUGCAGCUACAGGGACCCGGAGGUGUUCCCGCAGUACCUGGAGGACUACCCCGCCCCGGGACAGCAGAGGGAAUUCUUCACAGAAUAUCUCAGGUCGAGCGGCGUAGAUCAAAGUAAACUAGCCCAGGAGGUGGCGUCCAUGGCGAGGGAGGUGGACUUGUGGGGUCUUAUAGCGCACUUCUUCUGGGGCCUGUGGGCCCUUAACACUGUCGGCCGGUGUACCAUAGAUUUCCCUUUUAUAGAGUUUGCCAUGUGCAGGUUACAAACUUACUUCAAAAGAAAAGAGGAACUUUUCGGUCAAGUGUGA